GCGGUGCAAGCCCUGGGAGCGCGGUGGGGCCGGUCCGCCAUGGCUCUGUGGGCUGAGGUUGCGCGGUCCGUGCUGAACCCCCUACGCGCUGUGUGGCUCACACUGACUGCCGCCUUCCUGCUGAGCCUGCUGCUGCAGCUUGUGCCGCCUAGCUUGCUCCCCAGCUCUGCGCUCUUCCAGGACCUGAUCCGCUAUGGGAAAACCAAGUAUGGAGGGCCACAGCGCCCGGCACUGUGCCGGUUCUUUGACGUCCCCAAGAGGUACUUUUCUCACUUCUACAUCAUUUCCGUGGUGUGGAACGGCUUCCUGCUGUGGUGCCUGACGCGGUCUCUGUUCCUAGGAGCGCCUUUUCCACACUGGCUCCAUGGGCUACUCAGAAUUCUCGAGGCUGCGCAGGUCCAAGGGGAUGAGCUGGCACUGUCUGCAUUCCUAGUGCUGGUGCUUCUGUGGCUGCACAGCUGGCGAAGGCUCUUCGAGUGCCUCUAUGUCAGCGUCUUUUCCAGCAGCGUGAUUCACGUCGUGCAGUACUGUUAUGGGUUUGCCUACUAUGUCCUCGUCGGCUUAACGGUGCUCAGCCAGGUGCCCAUGGAUGGCAGGAAUGCCCAUUUGUUAGGGACGAACCUCUUGAUGCAAGCUCGGUGGUUCCAUGUCUUCGGGACAAUGAUGUUCAUCUGGUCGUCUGUCCAUCAGUACAAGUGCCAUGUCAUUCUCAGCAACCUCAGGAAAAGUAAAGCCGGAGCGGUCGUUCACUGCAACCACCGAAUCCCUUUUGGAGACUGGUUCGAGUAUGUCUCCUCCCCUCACUACCUGGCGGAGCUGAUGAUCUACAUUUCCCUGGCCGUCAUCUUUGGGCUCCACAACCUGACGUGGUGGCUGGUGGUGGCGUGUGUCUUCUUCAACCAGGCCCUGUCUGCCUUCCUCAGCCACAGGUUUUACAAAAGCAGGUUUGUCUCCUACCCGAAGCACAGGAGAGCUUACCUCCCGUUUCUGUUCUGAGAUCACCUGGGCCCUGAAGAGGGAAAGCCGGGUGACAGGCUCGUUAACUUAAGGGCAACGCAGUCUAGAGACCAGAGAGCGGUUGCUGCAGAGCUGUUUGAAACUCGUUAUUUUUACACCAAAGAGUCUCCCCUGAACGAGCAAAGCCAUACCCUUCGAGAAAACGUAACUUCAAAGAACUACGUCUGGCAGACCUGGGAGUGUCGUGUCUGCUCUCCGAGAUGCUGUGUGAAAGCAACCAGCUGCUGUAAACCAGGUGAGACUGCUCGGAGCCGCUCCAAAGCAGACUAACCAGAGUAUGCACACGGCUUCGGACAUAUCCACACACACACAGAAGCAGAGAUGAGACCCUCUGUGGCUCUGUGUCCAUGAGGGGCAAGUGAACAGUGCUUCGUAAUGAGGAAUACAGUGGGUGUCAGUAACUGCUCCCUGUCCGUACAAACAGGAUAGCUUUUUGAAAACAGCAAUGCAUAAUUUUACACCCAAGGAUGCAGAGAAUAAUGAGUUUGUUGGGGUUAAUUUAUACUUUCACAUGUCACCACAAAGGUUUCUAGUUACGAAGCCACCACUACUCACUUCCACGCGUCUACCCCUCCUAUCAUAGCCCGACAGGAAGUCGUUUAAUUCUUUUUUGACAUGCCUUAAAAAUGAAAGCAUCUGAAAUAAAGUAUUUUUAUGUUCAUGAAUCAAAAGCCUUCCCGAAUGGAACUGACUUGCACUCUGGGUCAGGUGGUGCUGCAGCCUCGUUCGUACACAGUCGUCACAUUGGACUCAUGUCUGCCUGAGUUUGUCUGAACUGGUAGAAUGAACCUGGUGCUACUUAGGAGUGAAGUAGCUUGUGUU